CGCCGCCCGAUGAUGCUGAUAUCUUUAUUUACGUUUUUAUCAGAAAACCGAUUGAAAAUAAACAUUUAAUAUGAUAAAGACACGUUAAUAAAGGCGGUAAAAUGGCUGCAGUCAAGUCAGAAGCGGCGGAAGAGCUGCGCGCGUGUAGAAUAUGCCUCGCUACGGACACCAAACUUUUCGGUAUCUUUGAACAGCGUUUAGAUGAGGCUUUUAUCGAUAUUAUGGGCACUACGCUUUCAGUGUGGGAUGGAUGCCCGCAGCACUUGUGUGCAUUGUGCGGCGCGCAGCUCAUCAAGGCGCAUGCACUGCGAGCGCGUGCGCACCGCGCCGACGCGCUGCUCAAGCAAGCUCUCAUGCAGCAACAUAUUAUAACAACAAGCUACCUGGCAACUCUAGACCGCGUGUCGCAACGGCUCGCGCUCUGCCUGACCAUCUACCGUCCUACUAUCAUGGAGACAACACACGACGAGACCAAACAGGAAAUGGAUGAUGACGACUUUGAUCUGUACCACCCGGAAUUUGACGAGCCGAUCAUCAACCUGAAGAACAGUAUGUUGCUGGAGAGUGCGAAAGAGACGGAGCUACACGCGGAGGACAUCAAGACGGACGUGAGCGAGAUGGAGAUAAAGGAGGAGGAGCCUGUCAGAAAGAGAAAAGAUAAAGUUAGAAGAGAGAAGGUGAGAGUGAAAAGAGACAAGAGUAUAAAGACGAAGAAAGUCCAGAAGAUAAAAGAAGUAGAAGUAGAAGAGAAGGAACCAAAGAAGUACAAGCGGAAACUGAAGGGGUUCAAAAAGUUCUUUGCCAGUGAGGACGAUUAUAUCAAGUUUGAGAACACUUAUAAUAUAGAGAUAGUAAAGUUAUCAGAAGAGGAACAGCAAAAAGAGCUAGACGCACGCAAAGAGUCGAGCAACUAUCUCCGCUCGGCGUACCGCUGCGAGAGGUGCUUCAAGGGGUUCCUGUCUCACACCACCUUCGAGAACCAUCAGAAGAAGACACACGACCCGGCUUACCGCUCUGAGAGGUGCUUCAAGGGGUUCCUGUCUCACACCACCUUCGAGAACCAUCAGAAGAAGACACACGACCCGAGCAACGGCCGCAACGAGUGUGUACUAUGCGGCGCGCGUUUCCGUCACCCAGCGGGUCUUAGGAAGCACUUCGAGUCUCACACACUCAAGUUUAUAUGCAAGAUCUGCCAGUUCAUGACUAGACAUCGGAGUAUGGCGGUGAUGCACGCUGACUUUCAUUCAGGGAAGACAUUCGUCUGCAAAUACUGCGGUCUCACCUUCAACAAACAAACUACAUUCAACACGCACACACGUGUGCAGCACCCUUUAGAGAACGCCUCGGCGGGCACGUGCGACGUGUGUGGGGAGACCUUUACCGGCAAGCGGGGCCUGCAGCAACAUAAGGCCAUCGCGCAUAAAAAGCUGACGACGCCGGAACUGAAAUGCCGCUCGUGCCUGGUUCAGUUCGAGAGCUUGGACGCGAAAACACGUCACAAGGUCAACAACAUCUGCGACCCCAAAUUAAGGCCGUGUGCGGCGUGCGGCGAGCGGUUUCAGGACGAGGAAACGGUGAAGAAACACUACCAGGACAACCAUGUGCAGGAACAUUACAAAUGCGACCAGUGCGACACAACAUUCGCGAAAAAGUCCUCCCUGGCCGUCCACUUCGAGCGCGUCCAUCUCAAGAUCAAACCCAAGAAACCGGCCUUCUACAAGUACCACCAGUACGGCAAGGGCAGAAUGAAGAUACGGAACGCUGAGAUCUGCGAGAUCUGCGGCAAAGGGUACCCGGACACGACGUGGCUCCGGUAUCACCAGCGCACGCACACGGGCGAGCGGCCCUACAAGUGCGCGCAGUGCACCAAGAGCUACAUGACGCCCGCCGGCUUGCAGCGUCACGUGGUGAUCCACACGGGCGUGCGGCGCUGGCAGUGCUCGCAGUGCCCCAAGACCUUCCUGCACCAAUCCUCCAUCUACACACACAAACUGGUACACACGGGUGAGAAACCAUACGUCUGCCAAAUCUGCAGCAAGGCGUUCACUCAAUCUGGCUCCCUACAAACCCACGUGAAAUACGUCCACAUGAAACUAAAACCUCCUCCGCGACGCCGACGACAAGAUCUCUAUAAGCCGCCCGGCUGAACUCCGCUAAUAAC